AUGACCACCCUCUCCUCUCACUCAUCGAAUCCUCCUCCGACGACGAUAUCUUCACCUCCUUAUCCGACUACCUCCACCCUCUCACCUCCCGUAAACAAGACAAACUCCGAUCCCUCGCCAAACAAUUCCUCCCAUUCCUCAACAAAUCAAUCUCCCUCUUCCCCAAACGCCUCUGGAAUCCCCAACCCCACGACUCCUCACCCGCCAAAGACCUCUUCCGCUCGUACGACUCUGCUUGGAUUGCUUGGAGUCCUUCUCCGCUCAAUUAGCCUGCAAGCCCCACACUCUCCAGCUUCAGAGAUUGCGUUUGAUCUACUGCGAGAGUGUGGUUUCCCAGGGGUUUAA